GUACCAUGUUGUCGGAAGCAUAGUGUAUGGUUGUUGUAUUGAGUAGUACAGAUAGAAGGCCGUUCCGUUUGGAUAACAACUUGACUGGCAUGAGGGUUGGCGUCCAGGUUGAAGGCCGUUCCGUUUGGAUAACAACUUGACUGACAUUCAUUGCUGCAACAACCACCUCGACCUCGGAAGGAGCAGUAGCAGCUUAGUACGUUACUCCUGUAUGCUCAAUGGAUUCAUUUCCUCUGGGCCUGGUCUCAAAACUGAUUUGGUAGAUCAGGUUGGCGACAUAUGACAUGACAAGUAGCAGCAUACAGUAGCGCCGAGUUAGCUGCAGUGACUGCAGAGGUUUCAGAUGAACGCGAAACGAUCGCGUCGUGACUGCACACCCUUUUGGAAUUAGAUCUAGAAACGUAGUUCUCCUUGCAAGAAUUACAACGUCAACCAUGGCACCUCGCGCAGAAAGAGGACAACGGUGGAGUAGAGAGAAGAGGGAUGGCUACGAAGAGGAUGAGGAUGAGGAAGAUGACUGUUGCUGCUUCGCGCAAAACUCGAUAACGCAGCUUUUUGUGUUAUGAGGACAGGGUCGUGAGUGAAAUGGACAUGGAGCGAGUCUUGCUCAACCUCAGAGGUGGGUGCUUGGACUUCAAAACAGACAAGCAAACAAAAGGCGUUGCCCUUUUCUUCUAUGACAAAAAUUAUAUGAUCUCAUCUCUUUCUCUAACAACGACUGCGUUUGUGAUGUUCUUUCUGGCAGUGUGUGGCGGUGUGGCGGCGGCAGCAUUAGGGAGUCAGCGAUGUUGCGGGAGCGCGUGGAGCAAUGAGGAUCACGUGAGUCUUGCGUGCAGUGCCGUGUAUCGAUCUUGCUAUGAUGUUUCCCGCGCAGCUUUGGGAGUUGGGAUGAGUGCAGUUGCUUUGCUGCUGAUAGGGUACUUGCGAGUCGUGGCUUGAAGAGAAAGACGUUUCAGAUGAUGCACCUGGAAUAAUCGGUGAUGAUGGAUAAAACUUGAAUUAAACCCCGACUCGAUUGAAUACGGACACUGCUGGUCUUCCUUUCAUCUUUAUAAAAGUUUAUAAGCAUGCAGCGCGAACGCGGCAUUGCUCGUCUUAAAUGACUUCCAUAUGAAUUUCAUACAGGUUCAUCAUGCUAGGGAUUGCAUGUCAUUGCCAGCACCAAAAGCGACAAGACAAGAAAACACAGCGUCGAGAGGAGCAGCGACGGUACCAUUCGAAUUUUGUGUGAUGUAUAGUGCAUGAUCAAGGGGGGCCUUAAGCUGCACCGCCUUGCUGCAUUAGAUCAAAGUCAUUAGAGCUGCAAGAUGAAGCGGCAUCUGCAUGACAAUUAUGCACGCUAGGUCUCCGGACGCUGUCAGCUAGCGCCCCGGGGGUUGAUGACCAACCAGGCGAAGCCAUUCCUCGAGGCCUUGCUGUUGCAAGGCGAUGAGGAGAAGGAGGCCAUCCCUGAAUUCGCACAGAGUGACGCUGUGGUCAGUGCUGGCGCCGUGCGCUCUCUAGAAUUCACCCGGGCGGACCUUUCGCGGGCUUUGCAUAGCCUACAGGGUGAGAGGCGAACCGCCUAGCGAGUUGCCGCGCUGAUCUUUGGCGCAGCGAUGCCUGCACGCCAUUCGCACACGGAGAACGCUUGGGCGGGCAACGAAACAGACCCGCUCGAUGUCUCCAGCAUCUGGAGGAUUAGCGGCCAGAGGAAUUGCAAUGGGGUGGGGUCUAGUGGUAGCACUUCGAGAACGUCGGCUCGAGCUAUCCAAUCUAGAAGGAGACGCUCCGGGGGUUUCGCGUGCGUUGCCGGGAAGCUGUGGACGAUCUUUCGCCACUCUUCGCAGUAGGGGCAUUCGUCCCGGCAUGAACUGAGGCGCGCUACCGUUCUCCGCUGACAAAGUGCGGCGCCCUUGGGGCUUUUCCGUGGUGACUCUAACGCCGCCGCCGUGGGGCUUUCUGCACCCGCGUCGGGCAAGUCCACUGACUAGCUCAGCCUGAAGGCUUUGUCGUCGUUGUGGUGCAGGCGAUGUGGAUUAUACUCGUGACCAGGCGCGACGACGUCCCAAGCAGGUCGCUAAAGCGACGGCUCGCCGCGCAGAUGCGGAUGGUGAAGGGGGUGGGGUGCAGCAUGGUUAGACUAAUCUGCGCCCGCCGUGUUUGCCUUGGGGGGAGUGGGUUUCGGGAGGAACUCUGGCCGCGUAUCAGCGUGCCCCCGCCCCGUGUGAAGGCGCGGCCACAGAAUUGCGGAGCCACCUCUAAAAGUGCGGGGGGUAUAAGUCAUCGGCUGAGCGGGGCGCAGAGACUGACAGAAGUGCACCCACCGCGGGCCGGUUGGAGUUUGCUAACCUCGAGACUGUGAGCAGAUGGGCUACGGCCUGGACCGAGCUAGCACACGAAGCGCGACCAUUGCCAGCGAAUGCCUUGGAGCUCCCGGAGGUAGCGCCGGGCGCGGUCGUGGUUCAACCUCGUGACGAAGAAGAGCCGUUAUCGUACAUCUGUGGCACCCUGUUGAUGGAGACGCUCGGCAUCUUGCGCCCGCGUUACUGGUAGCAGGCAUUUUGCUCGUGGCUUGGGAGUUCGCCUCCUCUCUCACGACAUCGGUGAGCUUACGGCGGCAGGUGCUGACAUAGAGGAGGACGACACAAAAACGGAAGGCCCACGGAGUAGAUAAUCCACGCGAUUCCGACGAGUAGGGCCGAAGUGUUAGAGCGGAUGGCGCUAAACUUGAAGAGCUAAACCAAAAAACAGCAACGACGGACCCCCGUGCGAUGCCACGGAUUAGAUCCGCUGUCGAAUGUUUUGGCUUGUGGCAUUGUGGUCUUGCCAGCUGGUGCUUGUGGCGAUGUCUCGAGGGCUGGGUCUUUUGCCAUCGAGGCGGAUGCGUGUUCUACAAUGGCGGGAGUGUUUGGCUGCUCGUCUGUUCCCUUCUGCCGUAACCACGAAUGCUCCGCGUCUAAGGCACCCCGAAGAGCGACGCACGUAAACAGUGAGCGCUUAGAAGUCCUAUACACACCACCCACGCAAGUGAGUCACAUUUUGCGAUAGCUAUGUACUCCCGUAGCAGAAUCACUGAGGACACCCUUGAAGAUUACGAUACUCGUAUGCUGGAAGCUAUAACCCUUAAAUCGAAAUUUCCCUGUCCCUGCGCUCAGUUCUUUUGUCCGCAUUUGCCCCUCAAUAUUACAGUUCAUCAUUGUGCUUAAGUUAAAUUUCAUCAUCAUAAUUUGAAUCAAUCAGAUAUGAGGUUCGGGCUGAGCAUCGCUUGCGUGAGCGUCAAAUGCAGCAGAGCAUGGAGCUAGCUUCAACUUCAGUCGUCGGCGCACCUACCCAGCAAGCAUCUUCAAGGGGUCUAGGAGGUCCUGUGUCUCCGGCAGCACCACGAGGCGCACAUGCUUCCCCGGUUCAUCAUCAUAAUGUCUCUCCAAGAGCAGUGCCAGUGGAGCAGUAUCCUCCGUAUCCUGUUGUGUCUCCAAGGCAGCCACAUUACAAUGUUUCUCCACGAGCAGCCGGAAACGUGUCGCCGCAUGGCGGCUAUCCACCAGCGCCAAAUCAGUAUGUUGUAGGAGGUUAUCCAGCACCAACAACAACACACUACGAAGAAACGGUCUAUGGUUCGGGACCGCCGCCGCCUCUGUACAGUGCUGGAAGUAGAGAACACGAGGAGCACAUGAUGAGAAGAAGAGAAGAAUCGCGUGGUGGUCACGGCGUGCGACCUCCAUCGGGGGGUCACAUGGCAGCCCCGCAUCCAAGCACUCGAGGACAGCAGUAUUACCAACAUCCAUCCUAUAGUUCUUCCCAGCAACCUGCUGUGGCCGCAUAUGGCCCUAGCACAGGUCCGCCGCCGCAUCCGGGAUCGUCAUAUAGAUAUGGUGUUCAGGUUUCUUGAAUAUAGAUUUGAUAGAUCUUUCAAUAUCAUGUAUGAAGAUAGAUGCUGCAAAAAAAAAAGAUUCUCGAACAAGUUAUUGAUGUAUGGUUCUGGUAUUUGGUAACCUGAUUUCGAUGACAAGGUUUCCGUUCUUGUUUUCCUCAUGAUCCAAUUGAGGUUACCAAAUACCAGAACCAUUCAAUUGAGAAGUCUACCCACAGAAGAGAACAAGUAGUAUCGACAUGAGCAGCUGUAUUGGUCUUUGCUUCUUCUAAUGCCACAUUACACGAAGCACAUCUCGUGGCCGCUCGCCAUCGCCUCGCGGUGGAACGACGACAAGUUAUCAUUACAGCGGACCUGCUGUGCGGACAGACACAAGAGCAUACAACGACACUCCUUCGUUUGGUGCCAGUAUCGUGCCAUCUGCCGAUCCGUACAUGGGGCCAGGGAGAUAUUGAGAACAACUUCGUCCUUGCUAGAUUGGGAAACCUGGUGUUGUGGUGACAGGUUCUAGUAGGCCAACGCUUCUCGCCUCUGCUGUCCUGACUGAUUAUACUUUUUUUGAAACCAUCUUUCGCUUUUCUAGCAUGGAGAAUCGCCCAUUCCUUCUGCAUCCUUCUAACCUAAAUCCUUCUGUAUCUGUUCUUUUUACAACUGCUACUACAACUUGCUUCAUCUUCAAUUUCUAUUUCUUGAGCUUGCGCUCGGCUCGCCUCAACUUAAUAUUUCCUUAUAACUCAAUUGCGGAACAAGACGUCACGCAGCACCUAUGUUUGAAAUACUUAUAUAUCGUAAGUAUCCAGUUUUGUUCCUCUGGGAUAGUUUUGGUAUGCUUGUUUUAGCUUGCAAGCAGCAAAUGCACACCAUUAUAGUGGGGGUUGUCCCACUUUUUGAGUGACCGAAUCCGAAAAAACAGUUCAUCAAUCCGAGAUAAAUACAUGAAAUGCUUCACUCUAAUGUGGUAAGAAUGAAGUGCGGAGGACCAAAGGAGUCCGGGAAAAAGUAGUUGUCUACCCAGUAGUUGGGGGACGG